CUAUAUGAUAAAGCCGCUACACCGGGAACUGGAGGCAGGACCGACCGAAUAGGAAGAUAGCUUAGGAAGACAAACAUUAUCGUAAAAAAAAAAAACAAAAACAAAACGUCACUACUUUUUUUGGUUGUUGUUUUUUUUUUUUCUCCGGAAGUGUCACUCGAACAUCUUGAAUUUGUCUCGUGUCGACUCGUCCGGAGGAGGAGGUGGUCAGAGGUUAGACUGAAGUUGGGCAGCUGGUCUGGUGACGCCGUAAAGUGGGAAAGUGAAAUAAGUGGGCUUUUUUCCAACCCGAACUCCCUUUAAAAAAGGAGCAGAGGAAGCUGACGUGGAGAGUGAAAGCAAAGGGAGAGUGGAGAAGUGAGAAGUGAGAAAGGCAGAAACUCCAGCCCAGCUCCCUGCCUGCCUGUGAAAGCGCUGCAUCAUGGGGAAACAGAACAGCAAGCUGCGGCCCGAGGUCCUGAACGACCUGAGGGAGAACACGGAGUUCACCGACCACGAGCUGCAGGAGUGGUACCGCGGCUUCCUGAAGGACUGUCCCACGGGCCACCUGACCGUGGAGGAGUUCAAGAAGAUCUACGCCAACUUCUUCCCCUACGGAGACGCCUCCAAGUUCGCCGAGCACGUCUUCCGCACGUUCGACACCAACGGCGACGCCACCAUCGACUUCAGGGAGUUCAUCAUCGCCCUGAGCGUGACGUCCCGAGGCGGGCUGGAGCAGAAGCUGCGCUGGGCCUUCAGCAUGUACGACCUGGACGGGAACGGGUACAUCAGCCGGGCCGAGAUGCUGGAGAUAGUUCAGGCCAUUUACAAGAUGGUGUCGUCUGUGAUGAAGAUGCCUGAGGACGAAUCAACACCGGAGAAGAGGACAGACAAGAUCUUCAGACAAAUGGACAUCGACAAUGAUGGUAGAUUGUCUUUGGAGGAGUUCAUUAAAGGUGCCAAGAGCGACCCGUCUAUUGUCAGGCUGCUGCAGUCGGAUCAGGGAGCCUCUCGUCAGUUCUGAGGACACAGACAAUGACAGACACACACACACACACACACACACACACACACAUCCGUCCAACUUCGUGCUUUUCAUCCGAUACAGGCUCAGUCGUCACCAGACACACACACACACACACACACAACUCCUCUCACCAGAAACCCUUUCAUUUUACACUCCACGUCUUAAUGUUUACAUUAAUAUCUACUUCUCUUAUCAAUGUGGCUUCUUCUCGGUGGACAAACAAAGUGCUUCUUCAGUUGAGCUUUUCUGUGUUGGUGCUUUUCCAAAGCUUUCUUGCCUUUGAAAUGGUUUUUACUCGUUUCCUAAAAGUCAAGUGCCAUAUCAUAUUUAUACAGACUGGAUUAAGUAUUAUGAUUCCCAUUAUGUUACACUAAGAGGAAACUAAUUAAAUCACCUCGUAUAAUUGAAUUGAAAUUUGCUGAUGAAACGUGGCGUGUCGUCGUUCAGGAUGUCGGCAGCGGCUUCACAGGUACAAGCUGCUGUUUUGAACAAGCUCUGUGUGCCUUCGGUAUUGCAUGCGCUCAGUGAUACGUGUUUUUUCCCGACGAUGUAAGUUUAUGUGAAUAAGGAGGCCGUGAUUGUUUUUAUUCCUUUUUAUUUUUGUAACAAAAAUGUUCAUUUUGUCUUCACACAAUUGAAAUAAAGUCGUGUAAGAAAAAUCUA